AUGAAUCGACAACGCGAGGCCGAAAAGGCCUUGCACGACCAAACAAACAUUCUCCCAUUCGCCCAGCUCAUGGUUGUUUUCACUGGCUUGGCUACCUCCCUACUUAUUAUGUGCAUGGAUCAGAAUGGUAUCAGUGUCACAUUACCUACAAUAGCACGGCAUUUGGGCGCCCAGGACACUAUUUCCUGGGCGGGAACCUCCUCAUUGAUCGCGAAUACCAUGUUCACGGUCCUAUAUGGCCGGCUGUCGGAUAUUUUUGGACGCAAGGUUGUCUACAUAUCGGCGCUAGUGUUGCUGUGCAUAGCAGAUUUGUUGUGUGGCUUAUCACAAAACCCAGCCAUGUUCUACGUUUUUCGAGGAUUGGCAGGUGUGGCAGGUGGUGGCGUUGCUUCAUUAACAAUGAUCAUUGUGUCAGACGUCGUCACCCUAGAGCAGCGAGGAAAGUACCAAGGCAUACUCGGCGCGUCACUUGGCGUGGGAAAUAUCAUGGGUCCUUUCAUUGCAGCAGCAUUUAUUGAGCGAUCAACAUGGCGUGGCUUUUUCUGGUUGAUCUCGCCGCUGGCAGCGAUUUCAGCUAUUGUGGGAUAUUUUUUGAUCCCGAAUAACGCCCAAAAGAGCGACUUUCGCCAGAAUUUAUGUCGAAUUGACUGGUUCGGCGUCUUGGCAUCAUCUAUCGGAAUUAUCUUUGUUUUGAUUCCCGUCUCGGGAGGAGGGUCCUACUUUCCGUGGGAUUCGCCGAUGGUGAUAGCAAUGCUUGUCAUCGGAGGCUGUUCCUUUGUCGCUUUUGCUUUCAUUGAAUGGAAGGUGGCAUCAUUGCCAAUGCUGCCAGUUGUCUUUUUCAAAAGCAAAGUCAUCACUGCCCUGUUUUUACAGAGCUUCCUUCUCGGGGCAGUGUAUCAAGCGUACCUCUACUACCUACCGCUCUACUACCAAAAUGCCCGUGGCUGGUCUCCCAUCGUCUCCGCUGCUUUGACCUCGCCGAUGGUGGCCUGCCAGGCUAUUGCUUCUAUCUGCUCUGGCCAGUACAUUUCCCGACUAAAGCGCUAUGGAGAGAUCAUCUGGAUGGGGUUUGGUCUCUGGACUUUAGGUGCUGGUCUCAUGCUUCUCUUCGACGACAAGACACACCCGGCUGUCAUCGCUGUCUGCGUUGGGAUCACUGGUAUCGGCAUUGGUUUCACCUUUCAACCCACACUCGUCGCUUUGCAGGCGCAUUGUACCAAGUCCCAUCGCGCCAUAUCCAUCUCCAACCGCAACUUCUUCCGAUGCAUGGGGGGAGCAUGCGGUCUCGCCAUCUCCGCCGCCAUUUUGCAGGCUACUCUGCGCUCACAACUUCCUGCGGAAUUUUCUUAUCUGACCGAGUCCACCUAUUCGCUCCCUUCGCGAUCCAGUCUCACUGAUACUCAAUGGUCACAAAUCCUGCUUGCGUAUACCAAGGCCUCCCAUUCUGUCUUCAUUCUCCAAGUUCCUCUUAUCGGGGUGUGCUUCCUUGCAUGUGCGUUCAUUCGUGAUCGUGGCCUCGAACGCGUCAAGUCGCCCGAAGAGAUUGAAGAGGAGAAGCGAAAGGUUGAGGCUGAGAGAGAUGCAGAGGCUACCCUUACAGAGCAACAAUCCAAAGGGAAUGAAACCCAUCGGGAUGCGGAGGUAAUGGAACGGCAGAACUCCAUGACUUCUGCAGCCGACUCUCAUACGCUGCAUCCAUCUCGUGCCGAGUCCCUCACCGGACGAGACGAGAAAAUCAGCCCGGGCCAAAAUUAA